UUAGCGUGGGUCAGCUAGAGGCGGGUGCAAGGCGGGCGUGGGUACUGGGUAGUGAGUGUAGAAUGUGAAUAGUGCUUUGGCGCAGGUGACGUUUUAAGGACUGUUGUGCGUGUGUUUGUGUUUAUAGUAAAUUCCAGUUAGAACCAUGGCGAAUAUUCGCUAUACAAGAAAUCUUUUUCUGCGUGGAAUGAGUGUCGUGUAUUUAUUCGCAUUCGCUUCAUUGUAUGUUCAGAUUCCAGGUCUUUAUGGAAAGAAUGGGUUGCUACCUGCAGAAAACCAGUUGGACAGCAAGGCAUCAGCAUUGGCUGCACGCAUACAUACAAAACCGACUUUACUGUGGCUUGCACCUUAUGUUGGACUAGAUACGGAGUACAUGAUGGAUGUACUUACAAUUUUUGGGAUAUUCCUGGCGUUUACUGGGUUUGUUUCCCAGAAAUUCUGUACAGCUCCAACAUUCGCUGCAUUAUGGUCACUAUAUUAUUCCUUGUACCAAGUGGGACAGACUUUUAUGUGGUUUCAGUGGGACAUCUUGUUACUGGAAGCUGGUUUCCUCAGCAUUCUAGUUGCGCCAUUGAGGUACCGUCCCAUCUCACGUCGCCGAUCAACUCCAAUCCAGGCACCCAGUGAUACCAUAGCAUUCUGGUUGGUUAAAUGGCUGCUCUUCCGCCUUAUGUUUCAAUCUGGUGUUGUGAAGCUCACAAGUGGUUGCCCUACAUGGUGGGGACUCACAGCACUCACUGUGCAUUUUGAAUCACAGUGCAUACCCACUCCCUUGGCUUGGUAUGCACACCACCUUCCAAGAUGGUUCCUGAAACUGACUUGUGUUGGAGCUAAUAUUGCUGAGAUACCUUUACCACUCUUGUUCUUCGUUCCUGUUCGAUCAGUAAGGGUUGUAGCAUUCUAUAUACAGCUCUUCCUGCAAGUCUGCAUAAUACUUACCGGAAAUUACAACUUCUUCAAUUUGUUGACCAUUGUACUAUGCUUAUCACUAUUAGAUGAUGACUACUUCCUCAAGAAAAAACCACAGAAGGGUGCCUCCAAUUUCUGGCCCGGGUUAUUCAGUAAAGCAGUAACACUUGUAGUGUAUGCAGCAUUGUUGUAUGGCACUGUUGUUUGGUACUCCUUAAGAAUCACACCAAAGAAUACUAUUGAAUCUGACAUUGCAUUCACCAGACAGCAGUUUGAUCAAGCAUUAUCCAAAGCAGUUCCCUUAACUAUAUAUGUGGGACUGGCAUCACUUGGACUAGUCAUUGUUGAAGCCGUGUCUACAGCACUAGUUGAAUCACAAACAUUUGCUCGACGUGCUGUAACUGUACUUACAACUCUCCUAUAUGCUGCUGCUGCACUUUUCAUUUUUGCCAUCAGCACUGUUCCUUAUUCAACUCUGCAUCCCUCUGGCAACAGCACCGUUCUGCCAGCAGUCCGCACAUGGGAGUCUCGCAUUAACCAUCUGCAUGUGACAAAUGCAUAUGGUCUCUUCCGUCGAAUGACCGGUGUUGGAGGUCGACCUGAAGUGAUUAUUGAGGGCAGCAAUCAUAUUGAUGGUCCUUGGCAGGAAUAUAAUUUCCUUUAUAAAGCCGGAAAUGUGAAUGCAACACCACCCUUUGUGGCUCCUCAUCAACCACGUGUGGACUGGCAGAUGUGGUUUGCUGCUCUUGGUACAUAUCACCAGAAUCCCUGGCUUAUGAGCCUGGCGUAUCGACUGCUCAAUGGACAACCCGAAGUUCUGCAGCUCUUGGAUACCUCAAGAAAUCCUUUCCCCAACAAACCGCCCAAGUACAUUAGGGCCACCUUGUACCACUACCACUACACACCAUGGACACAAAGGUCAGCCUCAGCUUGGUGGACACGAGAACGGGUUGGUGAAUAUUUUCCCAUUUUCUCCCGGGAUCAUCCUCCUCUUCUUGAAUAUCUGCGAAAUGUGAAAAUCUUGACAGACUCUCGCAAAGACCCUACUGUGAUACCUUGGCUCAAAAUGCUGUUGGACCGCUUAAGGAAAUUGGCAACAGCAGUUGAUCCUGCAAUUCUUAUGUGGUCACUCUUCACAGCUGGCUGUGCUAUUGUUGCUGGAUCUGCUAGUUCUGGUUCAAGAAAGUAAAAAGGGUUUUGUGCUGCCGCUGCUGUUAGCCCUUUUGCAGUGAAUACUGUUACUCUUCGUGGACUUUUUAGAUCUGAUUGUGGAUUGCAUUUAUACUCUGUGUGACAAGUUGUUUUAUUCUGUCUUUUGGACUUAUGCUGCACUGUUUUGAUUGUGUUUAAAUUAUGUCAGUUAUUUCCACUGCAAGAAGAAAACUUUAAUAUUAAAAGAAAUGUUUGGUUCCCUUUGAGCUUAAGGAUUUAAUUUUAUAUAAUGCCCAAAUUUGCAGGUUAGUUUUAAUCUUAUUAAACAACAGAAAUCUGUAAUGAGUUGCAGAUUUCAUAGUGAUAUCAAUAUUAAUGUAAUAGAAAAGUCAGUCCUCCAUUUAAAAGCCAAAAGAAGAAACAAGAAAAUAGAAAUAAAUGUGUAUUCAACAAAUGAUAUUUGUGACGGUUUGUCAGAAGUAAGUAAUAAAAGUAUGUUUUCUUCUCACUUGAAGAAUUUCCACCUCUUAUGUCAGUUUCUCCUAGCUAUCAUAUUGUUUUGUGCUUUCAUUUAUACGCUGAGUAGGCAGUAACCUAUCUUAGUGCAGUUUCAUGUUCUUACUGCACUUUUCUAAAUGCCUCAAUUCUGCUUUACUAGCAAAUUAACCCCUAUCUUUGUUGUAUUGCCUCAGCUUGUAUUACAUUCUUCCUUAGUCAUAGAAAAAGUUUCAUAUUGAGUUACUUUGUGCAUUUUCAAGUCUUACAUUCUGUUCUUUCUUCAUCCUCACAAUAGAUUUACCUUAUCUGCCAUAUUCAUAUGAGGUUUCUUGAUAUUUACAGUUGGGUACACUGUCUGAGAUAUCUAUGUAUCAAAUUUACAUGGACUUUUUCAUUUACCAGGAACAAUAGGAAUUAUGUAUCAGUAGAAUGAGUAAUCAUAUCAACAACAAAAAAUAUAAACUGUUCUUAGGCUUUUCAGAAAGUGAGAUGUAGAGAAUUUCGUAUGUAUUAAAUGUUUGUUUUUUAUUGUUGGAAUUAGUUGUUCAGAUUCAUAAUUUCAGAAUAUUUUAUAUUUUGUUUGUAUUGUCAUAUAUCGUGGUUUGAUGUAUAACAGACUGAAUCACUGACGUCCUUAAAAGACAAUUUAUUAUUUUCUAAUGUUUUUACACCAAUUUAAUAGAAUUGAUAGGUUUUAUGUAUUUUUUUUGAUCACUUUUUCUUUUGUGUUGUGUGAGAGUUGCUGUAUUAUUUAGUUGUUGAUCUGUAAGAAGUGCAGUCUAAUCCAUGACAUAUUUUUGCUAAACUCUCCAGAACAAGUAAAAUUGUCUCCACUUUCCACUGAAAGCUGUAAUAACUCAAGGAUACUCAGGAAUGUAAGUCGUAUGAGAACAAGUUUUAGAUUGUUACCUUGCAUUGUGUAUCACAAUACAAUACUGGGAUCAUUUUUGAAGAUUGUGAAAUGCAAUUGUGUAGCAUAAAGUUAGUGAAAAAUAUGUAACUGAAACAAGACUUCUUUCUAUGUUGUGACUUAAUAUUUUAGUGGAACUAAGUAUUUUCUCUUUAGUUGAUAGCAGCAGUUAAGUGCAAAGUUUUAAGUAAUAAAAUAAAAAUGCAGUGAACAUUUGUAAGAAGUACUUUAAAAUAAGAAAUUCAAGAAUGGCAGAUGUAUAUGUUCAAAUGAGUGAAUAAGUAUAAUAAAUUUAAAGGCUCCUAUCUCACUG